AUGCAUCGCAUUGUGAAUCCACUUUUCAAGCACAUCAUGCACCGGAGUUAUCUUGACCCUACUUUGAAAGAACAGUGUCUUCAGUAUCUAAAGAAACUAAGAACUCUGCAGUUCAAUGGUUACAAUACCAUAUUUUUAGGAGAAACUGACAUUUUGGAAAGCCUAAUAACGGGGGUAAAAGUUCCUCAAGAAGGCAGUCUCAACUGGCCUGUGUGGACAAUUGUACAUGCUGGUAGCAGUCAAGGAUGGGUGCCAUGGAAAUACAGAGUGCUUCUAAGAGAUGAUUUACCUUUAAGCCAGCGUGAAGACGUCUUCCAGGAAUUCUGUGACUUCCUAUCUGUCACCUACGGAAAAUGUGCCAUUGUUGUCAGAGAGAAAAGACCACCAAGAGUGAAAAAUGAAGAGGAGGAGAUAAGUGAGCCUCAACCUGCAUCUCCCAUGUAUUUGUCUAGUAUCAAGUGCUGCCCAGAGACUGCCAAGGCUGCCGGUCAUGAACUUCUCUCAGUGCCUUUCCCUUACAACUACCUGCAUCCUAUGGAUACUGCUUGGUCAACUUUAAAAUGGUUUGUCAUCAGUAACAGAAAGGAGUAUUCCCUGAAGUCUAUAGAUCGAACCUAUGUGUAUCAGUGCAUCCUCUUCAGUGAUUUGAUAGGAAAAGGAAUAGAGAAAAUGAGUCCUAGCAAAUGGAAGGUAGCAGUCAGCAAAGUACGGCGAUGGGAAAAUUACUACCUGGACAAGUUUUCCUAA